GGCGGAUCUGUUAGCAGGCUAACGUUAACGGUUAGCAUAUUCAACGGUUGUUUUGUUUCGCACACUGCAGCAUUAUAACCACUUGGGAUUUUCUACACAAGGACUGAAGCAGCCGAAAACUAACUGGUGUUGAGUGAGGGAACAGCGCACCAGUGACUUCAAGAGGGCCAUUUACGAAAGUAGGGGCACCAGCACAAUGGAGUGUGCUGUGGACAUUCCCUCAGGUGAGGAUGAGGCACCUGAAAAAGAUGACAUGAAUGCCAAGGAAGGGAAUGAGCCACCCCAUAAGAAAAACAAGAAGCACAGAAAACACAAGAGCAAGAAGAAGAGGAGGAGGAGGAAGGGUGAAAAAGACAGCAGCUCAGAAUCUGGCGCUGAGUCGGAUGCGGAGCCUCUACCAAAACCUGUCCGGACCACCAGAGCCAGUGCCAGAUUGGCAGCAGCUGCAAAAGGCGGAGACCAUACUGGGCUGAAGGAGGAGGGUAAAAGAGAUGUAAUUACAGAUCGUGUGGACACAGAGGGAGAUUCAAAAUCCAAAAAACAUAAAAGACACACUGCUAAGAAGAAGAAAAAGAAGAAGAAGAAAGAUGAAAAGCAGGAAAAGAAAUCCCCAUCUCCUUCCCCAUCUGAGAGCAGCUCAGCUUCAGGUUCUGAGUCUGAAGGGGAAGGGGCUAAAGGUAUCAGUGAUGGCAAAUACUCCCCAGCUGCAGCACCUGACCUGCAAGAACCAGUAUCCAAACUGAUGCCAAAAAGCAAACGAGGGGAUGAGAAGGGGGUUCCCAACCUCACACAGAAUCCUGAAUUGCUUGGAGUGAAGAAAGAGGACAUAUCUGAAAGGGAUGUUUCCCCAACUGGAGGGAAGGGCAGUAACACCAAUGGAUCAGAAAAAUCCUUGGCAGGCCAGGAUGACAGAACACAGACAACAACAGUUAAGAUAGAAAGCAGUCAUGGAGAUGGCACAUUCAGCCAUGCCCAGGAACUCCCUGACAUUAUCCCUAAACAGGAAGGUACUACCCCAAGAGAUGACCCAAUCCUGAAAGAUCAGGCCAAUUCAAUUCCAAGGGCUAAGGUCAAGGAACGCGAUUCAUCCAGGUCAAGGUCUCCUUCCCCUUCCAAGGGCCUAGACAUUAAGAGGUCUGGGUCAAGUCAGAGUCGGUCACCUAGUCCCAGCAGGCGAUCAGACCGGUCAGGAACUCACUCCAGGUCAACCUCAAAGGGAAAACAGUCUACCACUCCUCUUAGGGGAGUUGUAGCUGACUUUUUAGAGGCUAUAAAAAGUCAACUGUCGCGCUCUGUGUCUCGCUCUCAGUCCCCUAAAUCUAGGAGGAAGUCCCGCUCCCCAACCCCCAAGUCUCCCAAGAGAGCCAGCUCUAGGUCCACCUCUCGCUCCCUCACCCCCAAGAAGAAGGUGUUAAAAUCUCCAAGGAAGUCCAAGUCUCCUAAACGUCGAAGAAACUCCUUGUCUGUGUCACCAAAACGACGGAAGAGUCCCCCCUCUCCGAAAAGAAAGCUUUCAAGAUCGCCUAAACGUGGUGGGCACAGAUCUCCCUCUCUAUCUCGGUCUCCAAGGAGAAGUCGAAGGUCAGAGUCACGUUCCCGGGGGGGCACAAGGCGCUCCAGGACCCGCUCACCUAGACGUGGCGGUGCAGUUGGAAGGCGUUCACGUUCACGGUCUGUCACAAGAACCCGCCGCUCCAGGUCUAGAUCCAGACGCCCUGUUCGGCGCUCCCGGUCCCGGUCACUGGCAAGGCGUGCAGGAGGCAGGCGUUCCAGGAGUCGGUCUUUGUCUCGACGUAGGAGGUCGCCACCCACCAGAUCCCGCCGAUCACGCUCUCGGUCAGUUCGCAGGAGCAGACGCACUAGAUCACGAUCUAUUGUCAUCCUUAAGCGUAACCGACGCUCCAGAUCCAGGACUCCCCGUAAACGGACAAAGUCCAGAACCCCUCCCUCUCGCCGGCUGUCAAAAUCCAGGUCUCCAGUCAAAAAGCGUUCUCUGUCCCCUGCCAGGAGAAACCGGUCUCCACCAAGGUCUGGAAAACGCUCCAGAUCUCGCUCGUUGUCUCGAAGGCACCGAUCAAAGUCACACUCACCACUACCUAGCAAAAGGAGGUCCAGAUCUCCCAAGAAGAGUAGCAGAAGGUCAAAGUCUAAAUCUGUCUCUGCUGGCUUGAACAAAUCUAAGUCCAGGUCUAGGUCUGAGUCAAGUGAGGGGCAUUCUGAUAGUUCCUCUCCAGCCAGAUCCACAUCUUUGUCUCCUGUCAAGGAGAAGAGGUCCUCCUCUCCUAAGGCAGAGCAGACAUUUAAUGUGAAGGCAGCUGGAAAAAGUGGAGCAGUUUCCACUGUGGCAGGUUCAUGGAAACCAGUGCCCUCAGCAGCUGCACCCAUCUCCCAAGCUGGAAAUUUCUCUGAUAAGUUGCAGGAGCAGCCUCAGACCCUUUCUCCCAACAAUGAAAAGGAACAGAACGAGCGUGCCAGUUCAUCCAAUGAACGAGAUAUUUCCAGGUCCAGGUCUGGUUCCAGAGAGCCUGGCACUGGUCCAGAUGGGUCAGAUUGUUCAGAAGGCUCAGAUGAAGAAGAGGAUUCUACUUCCCCAGUUAAAACGUUAUCCAAACGUCAGAGAAGCUCCUCAGGUUCAGCAUCUCCAAGAAUGCAGAAAAAGCAGCUGUCAAAGUCACGUUCACCUACAGAACGCCGAAAACCUUCACGCCCAACAUCAUCGCCUCGACGAUCAACAUCCAAGACCACAUCCAGAAGGAAGCAAUCCAGGUCCAAGUCUCCAGUGAGGAAGAGAGAAUCUGUUUCUCCAUCUGAAAGGAAAAAACGGCGGUCAAAAUCUCGGAGUCCUGCCCGGCGGCGAAAGGCUAGUGUCUCCCGCUCUACCGCACGGCGUAAGAGAUCACACUCCAAGUCACGAUCCAGGAUACGCCGAUCCAAGUCCCGCUCUCCAGCCCGCAAAAGACGAUCCCGUUCCCCCAACGGCCGAGGAAGGAGGAGGUCCAAGUCCACAGACAGAAACAAAAGAUCAAAGAGCAGGUCUGCAGGCCGGAGGAAAAGAUCCAGAUCAGGAGACAGAAGCAGGCGAUCUAGGUCACGUUCCUCUGAUCGUAGGCGCAGGUCAAGGUCAAGGGGUCGAGGGAGGCGCCCUGUGUUUCGCAGUCGUUCAUUCGACAGACGGGACAGGUGGAAGCGGGAACCCAGUCACUCUCCAGUCCUCAUUCUCCGCAAACAGCGCCGCUCAGGUUCCCGGACACGACGCAGCACCAGCAAGACUCCUCCACGGCUGACUGAGCUGGACAAGGACCAGUUACUGGAGAUAGCCAAGGCUAAUGCUGCUGCCAUGUGUGCUAAGGCUGGGGUGCCCAUUCCCGAGAGUCUUCGGCCAAAAGCCAUCCUCCAGCUCCCUCUACCCACUCCAUCUCCUGCCCCCCUCUCCCUUCCUCUACCUUUACCUCUCCCAAUGGGCAUGGGGAUGCCCAACAUGCCGAAUAUGCCCAACAUGGGUCCAAUGGGGUUACCUACAAUUCCAGGAAUGCCCAGCAUGUCAAACAUCACCAUGAGUGCUGCUAUGGCGAGUAUGACAGCAGCUACUAUGACGGCUGCUUUGACCAACAUGGGUGCUCUGGCGGCCAUGCCUCCCCUGGCUCCACUUCCUACCAUCACUAACAAGCCUCCCCCAUGCCUCGCUCCCCCAGCCCCAACCCUUAAUCUGGACCACAUUGAGGAAGCAAAGAGGAAGGUCACUCAGCAAGCUAACAUACAUACCAUCAAGGAGCUUACUGAGAAAUGUAAGAUGAUUGCAAAUAGCAAGGAGGAGAUGGCAAUUGCUAAACCCCAUGUCUCAGAUGAUGAAAGCUAAAACCACCAAGCCCUCAAGCUACUCCUCUCAAAGGACAGAAGAAAAAAUGUUUUAAAAAAAAAAUGCUUUACAGGAGGACCUACCUUCCUGCAGUUCCCUUUUGAAGCCAGAUGAUGUGACUGAGCCUCAUAAACCAAGAAGAAGACAACCCUAGUUUUCACAGUUAGAGUAUAGGAGCACCGGCACCAGCCACCGCCCCACUCAUCUCCCCAGUUUGCUUCCGUUUAUGUGUGUGUGAGAGAGAGAGAGAGAGCGAGCGAGAGACUGGCCGACUGUCACCUGUGAAAACCACUGAGAAAACUGGGCACAUUGACUUGUGUGCGCAGUUGUAUGACUGUAAAGUGACUCAGAGUAUGUGUGCGCAUUGUGUGUAUAUAGUGACUUUCACCAUCAACCCCUCAGUGUUGCUGCUCGUUCAAGCAGUCACUGUUGUAAAGACUGAAGAGGAAAAAAAAAAUCUAGUGGCGCAAGUGUUUUUUGUAAAAGAUUAGUUUCUCUAAAUUUGUUUUACUUUUAUGGUUUCUUAAAUAAUUGUGUUAAUUGGACACUGCUUUCCUGUUCUGCUGUAUUCCCUCAGUUAUCUCUAUCCCCUGUGUUUUUUUUUAAGCAAUUAAUGCUGACUAAGUUCUGGUCGAUCCUCACAUGCAAUUUGCUUUUGAAAGCCUGGUUAAAGGCAGGGCAAAAGAGUCGACAUCCUGAAACGGUGCCACAUCUGAUUAUUUUGAAGGAAGGGAAUGACUGAAUAAAUUGGCUGCAAAGAAAACAAGGUUUGAAUUUUGGCUAUGACAAAAAGUAUCCUCUCCUUUCACAAAGCAUAACUAAUUCAGUUAGCACAGCCCUGGGCAGGAUUUUUUUCCCCCCUCUUUUUGUUUUUUUAAAGCCACUAACCUGGCCUUUCAUUUGGGCUUUUUUGGAUUUUUUUAAAAGUGGAAACAUGUUUGCUGUAGAUUUAAACUGACUAUUCAUCUGCCACAGUUUUAACACCACUGUCUAAACAUGCAGUGUUGUGUGAUUGGCAGGAAACUUUAAUAUAUAAUAGAAUUUAAGUUGCACAGAAAGCAUACUGUUAAUAUUUACUGCAAAUUACCAUGUUGACAUUUUAAAACUAGAAGCUGUUUGGUAGAGUGCAAAAGUUUGAAAGGUCUGUGUUUCUAUCAUUGGUCAUCCGGGUUUUAUUUUCUUAGCGACUGCCAUGUGAAAACGUCGCUCAUUGGUGCUGUCUUAGAGGUUCCAGAUGUUGGAAUCAUUAAUACUUUAGCCUAGUUGUUUAAAUUGCAGAUUCUCACCACAACAAAUAUUUAGUUCACUGAGCUCAAGUUAUACAUGCAACACAUUUUUUGUCUUGAUAACAAACCGAAUGCAAGAAUGCAGCUUCCCCCAAACUUCAAACCAUUGAUGGAGGUAAUUACUUGUUCAGAACAUUUGUAUUUCACUGUGUAACUGAAUUCAUGAUAAUAAACAACUGACAUUUUAAAUUGACUUUAGGGAUGCUUUUGCAUUUCAGCUUGGCUGUUUGCAUUUUUCUGAAACAUAAUUUCUAUUGGUGGGUUUUUUUGAAAGGCACAAAAGGAGAACAUAAUUCGUGUUGUCGUGUCGGGAGGUGACACAUUUAUUUGUAGUGGUAAUAGAGUUGAAUGUAGAAAGCUGAGUAUGCCUCUAGUUGUUGUCAAAGGUUUUUGUGUACCAGACAAUCAGGUUGUCUCAAGAUGCUACUCUUUUGAAGAAGGAUUUACACAUCACUUGCAGCGCUGUAUUCAGGUGAUAACUUGGGGGAAUUGUUGUGUAUUACAGGAUGUGUAGUAAGAUGCAUGCAUAAUGAAAAGCCCAACAAGCCAUUUACAUUAAUACCCUGAUACAUUUAAUAGCUGUUGUUACCCUGACCUGCAUUAGGUCUGUUGUCUCAUCUGUGUCUGGGUAAACAGGGUCUGUAUUUCACUAAAGGAAUUAGAUAACUGAACAAACACGAACUUGGUGCUUUAGGGAAAACUGGCAGGGAUGUUUUUCUGCUUUUUAAGGAAUCUUCCAAUCAUUACUCCGGUUUAUUUUCAUUGGACAGGGAAAUAACUGUGGGUUCACCCUCCCAUGCCCAGGGCUGUUAAACUGUAGAAGAUUGAUCUGUGAAGGGUUUUUUUUUUGUUUUUUUGUCAGACUGUAAUUAUACUGAUUCUGAACCAAACGUAUUUGAACUGUUGGAGUUGACUCGCUGAAGUAAUCUUUAGGUAUUUUAAUGACAGAAAAAUGAAGAAAAAUGCAUUUUAGGAUUCAUUUUUUGGUCAUUUCAAUAUGACAUUGCUUGCUUUGUACAUAAAUGUGUUGAUGAUUAUUAAAAACCUCAAUGAUCUGUAUAUA